GCAUAGCGGACACCCGCAACCCAGGCAGCGGCGAUCCGCCUUUGCCCACUCAUACCCCGGGCCCAGAGACUCCUCCCCAGCCCUGCGACGCCGGACGCGCCUGCGGGGGGACGCGGGCGGAGGGUCGCGGCCCCGGGCCGCUAAGAUAGGCGCCCCCGCGGCCGGCACAGGUGUGGAAGCGGCGCAUCGGGAAUGCCAACGGAGUUUUCCUCUGUAAAGCUGAGAAGCGAUUGCUCAAGGACCUCCCUGCAAUGGUACACCCGAACCCAGAACAAGAUGAGAAGACCCAGCGUGUUACUAAAAGACAUUCUCAAGUGUACGUUGGUUGUGUUUGGAGUCUGGCUCCUGUACAACCUCAAGUUCAGUCACAGUGUUGAAGAAUGUGACAUGAAAAGAGUGGACUACGUGGACAUAAAGAGAGCUCAGAGAUACGCCCAGCAAGUCUUACAGAAGGAAUGCCGGCCCAGGUUCGCGAAGAAAGCCAUGGCUCAGUUAUUUGAGCACAGGUACAGCAUGAACUUGGAGCCCUUUGUGCAGAAGGUUCCCGGGGCCAGUGAAGCCGAGCUCAAGUAUGACCCUCCUUUUGGAUUCCGGAAGUUCUCCAGUAAAAUCCAGAGCCUCUUGGAUUUGCUGCCUGAGCGUGACUUUCCUGAACACUUGAGAGCCAAGCACUGCCAGCGCUGCGUGGUUAUUGGAAACGGGGGCAUCCUCCAUGGACUAGAGCUGGGCCAUGCCCUCAACCAGUUCGAUGUAGUGAUAAGGUUAAACAGUGCACCAAUUGAGGGUUAUUCUGAACACGUUGGAAACAAAACCACCAUAAGGAUGACCUACCCAGAGGGCGCCCCACUGUCAGAGGUGGAGUACUACGCCAAUGACUUGUUUGUUACCGUUUUAUUCAAGAGUGUUGAUUUCAAGUGGCUUCAAGCAAUGAUAAAAAAUGAAACCCUGCCAUUUUGGGUUCGGCUCUUCUUUUGGAAGCAGGUGGCAGAAAAAAUCCCACUCCAAGCCAAACACUUCAGGAUUUUGAACCCACUUAUCAUCAAAGAAACUGCCUUUGACAUCCUUCAGUACUCGGAGCCUCAGCUGAGAUUCUGGGGCCAAGACAAGAACAUCCCCACCAUCGGUGUCAUUGCCAUCGUCUUAGCCACACAUCUGUGUGAUGAGGUCAGCUUGGCAGGUUUUGGAUAUGACCUCAGUCGGCCCAGGAUUCCUCUGCAUUACUUCGACAGUCAGUGCAUGGGCGCCAUGAACUUUCAAGCCAUGCACAAUGUGACCACAGAGACCAAGUUCCUCCUGAAGUUGAUCAAGGAGGGUGUAGUGAAGGACCUCAGUGGGGGCAUCCAUCGUGAAUUUUGAGCACAACAAACCUCAAUUGGAAAUGCAGCUGGGACAGGUGGUGAAGCCUCCACUUCCACUCACCCUGCGGCUGCUUGACUGGCAGCUGCUGUUUUUAAACUUUUCAUUAAAAAAGAAAAGAAAAAAAAAAA